GACAACCUGCAACAAAACUAACUUAAUGGAGUUGACUGGAAUGUAAUAAUGUGCACAGUCUGAAGAGAUGCAAAGGAUGUCAUAUAUUUUACACUCAUAAUUAAUUCAAUCCAGAGAAUGCCUAAGAGUGUGACGGUGGCCUAUGCACUAUGGGCUCUUGGUGGGCCACUGGGACUUCACCACAUAUAUUUACAAAGAGACAGCCAUGCAUUGUUAUGGAUGGUCACCCUGGGAGGAUUUGGCCUGGGCUGGGUCAGAGAGUUUAUACGUAUUCCUUCAUAUGUUGCCGAGGCCAAUCGAGACACAGAGAGAUUGAAAAAACAUCACCAACAUCAUCCACUGACCCUCCCACCAAUAGGCCCUGUCAGAUUUGCUGGACAGGUGUGUGUUGGGAUCUACUUUGGUACAGUGGCUCUGCUUGCACUUAAUACUCUCAGCUUUUUCUACCUACUAAUUCUUCCCUUGUCUGUGGGUGCUGGAGUACACCUGGUGUCUUCAGUGGGUCAGCAAACAUCAGACUUUAAAAAAACUUUGACAACAUGUUUAAUAACCUCCCCUAUUUUCUAUGGCAGCACACUAUCACUUGUCCCUGUUAGUGUGGCUGCAAGUGUCACUGCUUCAAAGAAUCGAAAAUAUAAACCAACACAGCCCAAGCAAGACCUAGUACCCCGUCUUUACUACCUUGGGUUAGCAUGGCUGGCCUUCUCUGCUCCCGUGGGCUAUGGUAUUUUCCACAACACCACAGCUACACUAUACUACUUGUCGGACUGUCUAUCAGCACUUCUGGAUAUGUUCUGGUUCUUACCUUGGCUCAGAAAUGUGCUGGAGUACAUUCUUCUGAUGCCAUACAGGAUUCUGUGUGCAAUGACUGGAGGAGGGUACUAUGACGAGGCCUGGAGGAGGGUGCUGGAAAUACUGCUAAAAGAAUACACAGAGGAAGAAAGAGAAGCGUUAAAGAUACUGUCACUAAAAGAGGAAGCCACACUAGAAGACAUAACUCGGAGUUAUAGAGAGCUGGUUAAGACAUGGCACCCAGAUCACAACCCAAGCAAGGAGGCUGAAUCCAUGUUUGUGAACAUCCACGAGGCUUAUCAACUCUUGUUGAGGCGUCACAAACCCCGCAAAUUUAGAUAGUUGCAUUCCUUAUUUAACUGCAAAAAAUCUAAAUCAAAUAAAUUGUAUAGCUCUAUUACAUAGUAAUAAGUCCAGCUGUUAUCCUAUUAUUGCAUUGUCUUCAUUUUUACAGGUAUAAACAAGUUUGCUGCCAUCUUGUGGCACUGUAAUGGUUUGUUUAUCAUCAUUAUAUUGUUCUUUAUUAUUGCCUAGGCAGAUUCAAUAAACAAGU